UUCGCAUCUGUAGUGUGGCGGAGUAUCUCACUCUGCAUCAUGGCUGUGGAAGAUGCAGCUGCCCGGUCCCGAACCGCCCUCUUCCCCAGGGUACCUUUCUCCCCAGCCCGGCUGCUGUUCCUCUCUCUCCUCUCCCUCUGCCUCAUCCCCUCCCCGUCCCUCGCCCUGCUCGGCUUCCGUCCGGAGGAGACCGGGGGAGAGCUGUCCGUGGACGACGGGGUGCUGAAAGCCACCGAGGGAACCCGCUUCAUGCUGCGGGUCUACUACGCCUCCUCCCCACAGAGGCUCAACCGGACUGCUGGGGCCAGAGCCAACGCCGCUCCCUGGAUAGCCUUCAUGGAGGAGCCAAGGCCGGGGAGAGAGGGGCAGGUCCACCCGAAGAGGAAUAUGUGCAUGGAUAAAAACGCCAGGAGCUCGGAUAUUGAGAUCUUGGGCUCUUUCAAGUCCGCUUCGAGUCAGAACUCCGUGUUGGUGGAAGUAUUGGCUAAGAACCUGCGCAGGGGAGAGAAGAUGAAGUACUAUUCCAUGUGCGCCUUCGACGGGUCCAAAUGGGAACACUACCGGACCCGGGAUUUCUGGGUCGCCGUGGUGGAGCGCGGGGCCGAACCGGACCUCUGGCUUCAAGUGUUAGUAUCGGUUCUGUUACUGGCCCUCUCGGCGCUCUUCAGUGGCCUGAACCUCAGUCUGCUCGCGUUGGACCCGGUGGAGCUCCAGGUUCUGCAGAACAGCGGCACGGACAAGGAGCAGAAAUACGCCAGGAAAAUUGAGUCAGUGCGGCGGCACGGUAACUACGUCCUGUGCACUUUGCUGCUGGGCAACGCGCUGAUCAACGCGGCGCUCGCAGUGUGGAUGUGUCAGAUCCUGGGGAUGACCUGGUUGUCCACCAUUAUCUGCGCGUUUGGGAUCUUUUUCAUCGGGGAGAUCCUGCCGCACUCUGUUGCGUCGCGGCACGGCCUGGCCAUUGCGUCCAAAACCAUCUGGGUAACCCGUCUUCUCAUGGUUCUCUCCUUCCCCAUCUCCUACCCCAUCAGUAAACUCCUAGACUUCAUCCUCCACCAGGAGAUCAGUAACUUUUAUACGCGGGAAAAACUCCUUGAGAUGCUGCGUGUGACCGACCCGUACCACGACCUGGUUAAAGAGGAGCUCAACAUCAUACAGGGCGCGCUCGAGCUCCGGACCAAGACCGUAGAAGAUGUUCUGACUCCGCUAACCGACUGCUUCAUGCUCACCUCGGAAGCGGUGCUGGACUUUAACACCAUGUCGGAGAUUAUGCAGAGCGGCUACACGCGCAUCCCGGUGUUUGAAAACUUGCGGUCGAACAUUGUGGAUAUUCUGUUCGUGAAGGACUUGGCGUUCGUUGACCCUGAUGACUGUACCCAUCUGAAGACCAUAACACAGUUCUAUAAACACCCCAUGCACUGUGUGUUCAACGACACCAAACUGGAUGCCAUGCUGGAGGAGUUCAAGAAGGGCAAGUCCCACCUGGCCAUCGUCCAGCGGGUCAACAACGAGGGUGAGGGGGACCCCUUCUAUGAGGUCAUGGGCAUCGUGACCCUGGAGGACGUUAUAGAGGAGAUCAUCAAGUCAGAGAUACUGGACGAGACUGACCUCUACACUGAUAACCGUUCUAAGCGUCGCGUUUCUCACCAUGAGAGGAAGCAGCAGGACUUCUCCAUCUUUAAGCUGUCGGAGAACGAGAUGAAGGUGAAGAUCUCUCCCCAGCUCCUCCUCGCCACGCACCGCUUCCUGUCCACGGAGGUGGAGCCCUUCAAGCCAGCCCACCUAUCAGAGAAGAUCUUACUGCGUCUCAUUAAACACCCCAGUGUGGUCCAGGAGCUGAGCUACGAUGACAAGAACAAACUGGCUCCACAGCACUUCCUGUUUCAGAGAAACAAACCUGUUGACUACUUCAUCCUGUUACUACAGGGUCGUGUGGAGGUGGAGUUUGGUAAAGAGGCUCUGAGGUUUGAGAACGGAGCAUUCGCCUACUACGGGGUGCCUGCCAUCAUGCCCACAGUCCACAGAUCCCCCUCCCGUAGCAGUGGUCUGGACCGGUCUGACUCUAUGCUGUAUGGGGGCAGUCUGGGCCAACUCAAUGGAGGGGGGAGCGUCUACCUGCCUGACUACUCUGUUAGGCAGCUCACACACCUGCAGGUCAUUAAGAUCACCCGUAGCCACUACCAGAACGCCCUGACAGCCACUCUGAUGGACAGCUCCCCCCAGACCCCCGACACAGACGCCCGGCCCACAGACGGGAACACUCCCGACCUCCCUGUCCCGGAGCAGAGUGGAGACCACCUCCUCCCCCCCAGAGAGACCCGGCCCAGCUCAGCCAGAACCAGAGGACAGCAGUCCUCCGUCCCACACAGCACCUCUCUGCUCAACGAGAAGAACCGCAUCGUCCGCAGUAAAUCAGACGGUCAGAACAGCCCCAGUGACUCCGUGUUCCUCAGGAUGGAUGAGAUCUCUUACAUCAGAGAGGAGAACUCAGAGAGGGACGGCCCCAACGACACCGCCUCUGUUGCUAUAGAGACGGACACCCCCUCCUCUUUCAUCAGUACCCUGUCUCUGAGUGGAUCAGAGGACACACUGGGCAAGAAACUACUGCUCAAACUCAGUCACAAGAAGAGGAAAAAGUCUCGGGAAGGAGACAAGACACCUGAGGAGACAUCAGAGCAGCCGCUGGUCAAGACCUAGCAGUGUGUGUGUGUUGUGUGUGUGUUGUGUGUGUGUGUAUGGACUAACUCCUACAAUCAUCAACAGCCUAUUUUCUUCCUCUUUUUGAUCGUUUAAAAGACGUUUCUGCAACAUUUGCCAGACGUUCCAGUCACUAGUUGACCUCUCAGAUGUUCCAACCAACAGACAUUCUGAAGGGAAACAGAAGGAUAUAACAGCACAUAGAAAAGAUAGACCUCAUCUCCCCAUAACACCCCCACAGUCUCUGAUCUUAGACAGCACCAAAUGGAAGGAACUAACUGAACCAGUGGGACGGAAGCUACCACAUCAUGAACCAGGUUAUUUUCUCUUCUUGAAUGUUUCAUGUCUAAGUGGCUAAUGGAUUUGAAGACAAAGGAUGUCAGGAGAAGAGAGGAGGUUUUUGGUUUCAGCCACUGUCAACAUUUAAUUCACCCCCUCCCUACAAAAGAAUUGAAUUGGCCCUGUUGGAGCUGUGCCAAGGAAACCAAAGACUAUGUAGAUAUCAUCCGUGCACAGAAGAAUAUUCACCAUCCACCGUUAUAAAGACCUCGUCCAUUCCUUCUUCAGGCGUUUUUAUGGAUGCUGUAUCACUUGUGUUAUUUGAUAGUGAAUGUUUAUUACUAUUCUCUUCUAUCCCCUUUCCUAUCUACUGUCUAAGGGGUGAAUCCUAACUUUCACUUGAGUGGAUUUUCAUGCAUUGAUAUCAAUGGGAGACAGUGAAAAUUCUAUUUAGGAUUCACCCAGAAGUUCACUUAUCAGCAUGGACUCAUGGUGGUGUAAGGGGUUUAAAAGGACUUGAGAUGGUUUGGGGUUUGAAUGCCUUACUAAGAGAAAAUCUUCAAUCUGCAUGUUUUAGGUACUGGCUGAGCACCAUGUCCAUCUCUAUUCUCUCAGCCCAACUGUUAUCACAACUUCCUCAAAUGGUGGGGAUGAGGACUGACCAGUCACAAGAACGGACCAGUCUCUUCCAAAUGAUGUAUAUGAGCAAUACUGAAACACUUUUACACAGUUGUGAACGGGACACAUCCAAAAGACGGUACUCAUGUAGGACGUGCCAUUAGGAAACACAUCUGUUGUAGAGAAUACAUUUCUUAUUUGAUCUGACAAGCUGUACCAUAAGACCCAUGUUUCUCUCUCUCUGGAUUAAGACCGCGGGGUGUGUCUCUGCUCUGACUGGGUUUGUGCCGAUUCAGGUUUGUGCCACUGCACCACAGUGGGGGGAGAAAGAUGGGGGAGGAGAGAGAGCAGGGAGGAGGACGAAGGGGAGAGGGAUAGAGAGAAUGGUGGGGAGGAGAGGCAUAGAAGAUGGAGGGCUAGAGGGAGAGGGAUAGAGAGGAGGGCUAGGGGAGAGAAAUAGAGAGAGGAGGGUUUGGGCAGAGGGAUAGAGAGAGGAGGGAGGGGAGGAGAGGCAUAGAGGACAAGGGGCUGGGAGAAAAGGGAAACGUGAUGGAUGGAGAGAAAGGGUAAAGGGGGAGUGAUGCUCUGUGGCUCCUGUCAUUGGUCAGUGGGGAGAGAAGAGCAUCCUUCCUUGGAAAACAGAAAAAGUGCUGACUCACUAUGCUGCAUGGGAGUAGAGGCAACAGCCAAUCAGAACCCUGUUUUUAACUGGAGUAGGAUGAGACUGAUUUAAGGUCAGUUUUCUUGUUUUUCACCUCAAUGGUUAGGGUUAGGAUUUUGGGAGGGGGAAGCUGAUUCUAGACCUGUGCUUGUCAGCAACGUCUAUAUGGAGGUAUUUUAACACAAUGCAUUUUAAAAGUGCUUUUUGUCUCAAAAAUGGUCCUAAAUUGAAAUGGAUAAAUUAGACAGAUCGUCAGGACUGGAGAACACUGGUGUAUGGGGAGAGAGUGGCACCUACACAGAAAGUAAUACAGAGAUAUAUCUUUUUAUAGAAGAGAAAUGCAUAUAUGAGAGAUGUAUUGUAGAUAGAGUUUAUAAUGACUUUAUGGGUACAGUAUGUUGAAAUGACUACACUGGGCAUUUUAACAGGGGAAAACCCCUUGGAUUUUUGCAUUAAAAAUGUACAGAAUUAAAAAGAUUCACAGGUU